AAAUCCGAUACCAAAUCCCUGAUCAUCGUCUCUCGCCUUCACUCUCUUUCGCGGAGUUCCAGGGCGGCGAGGAAGAGCGAAGAAGAGGAGGACGAAGAAGAUGGGGGAUUACAAUGAUGCCUUCAUGCGGAACAAUAACGCCGUCCAGGCCCGCACCAAGGCCCAGAACCGUGCCAACGUCCUCCAGCUCAAGAUCAUUGGUCAGAGUCAUCCAACUGGGCUUACUUCCAACCUUCUGAAGCUUUUCGAGCCCCGACCACCUUUGCAAUAUAAACCGCCUCCAGAGAGAAGGACAUGCCCUCCAUAUACAGGGAUGGCACAAUUUGUCAGUCAGUUUGCUGAACCAGGGGAUCCUGAAUAUGCUCCGCCAGUCCAGAAGGCUGAAACAUCAGCAGAAAAAAGAGCAAGGAUCCGCAAGCUUCGGCUUGAAAAGGGUGCUAUAAAGGCUGCUGAAGAGUUGCAGAAAUAUGAUCCAUCUAAAGAUCCAAAUGUGACCGGGGAUCCAUACAAGACACUGUUUGUCGCAAGGCUGAAUUACGAGACAACUGAACACAGGAUCAAAAGAGAGUUUGAAACUUAUGGGCCAAUCAAGCGGGUGCGGCUGAUUACUGACAAAGAGACAAAUAAACCUAGAGGAUAUGCUUUCAUAGAGUACAUGCAUACACGAGACAUGAAAACUGCAUACAAGCAAGCUGAUGGGAGGAAGCUGGAUAAUAGAAGAGUACUUGUGGAUGUUGAGCGUGGUAGAACUGUUCCAAAUUGGCGACCUCGAAGAUUGGGUGGUGGACUUGGAUCAACCAGGGUUGGAGGUGAAGAAGUUAAUCAAAAGCACUCUGGCAGGGAACAGCAGCAGAUUGCAUCAGGACAUUCAAGAUCCGAGGAGCCUAGGGUGCGAGAUGAUCAUCAUGUUGACCGAGACAGGGAGAAGUCCCGAGAAAGAACAAGAGAUAGGGAGCGAGAGCAGGAGAGGUCCCGUGAACGUUCCCAUGACAGGGUACGAGAUCGGGAUAGGGAUGAGAGGCACCACCACCAUAGAGAAAGAGACAGAAACAGAGACAAAGAUAGGGAAAGAGAUCGUGGGCGUGAUCAUGAUCGGGCUCGUGGCCGAGACAAGGAGAGGGACCGGGGUCGUGAACGUGAUCGUCCUCGUGAGAAGGAGCGGGAGCGGGAGAAAGAUUAUGAUCGUACGAGCCAUGAAAGAGACCGCAGCUAUUCUCAUGAGAGGGACAAUGAGUAUAAUCACUCCAAGCUUAAGCAUGGUUGGGACCUGUAUGGUGGAAGGGAGAGGGAUCCAGAGCAAGGUGAAAACAAUUAUGGACAAGACUGGUAUGAUGAUCCUGGUAAGCAUGGUAACGAGCAUAACUAUGAUCAAUAUCAGCAAUCACGACAUCAGAAGCAGUAUGAUCAUCUUCAGCCCCAUGGUCUUGCUGAGCCUGAGAAUACCCGGGAGCGCUCAAAGCGACACGAACCUGAAUAUUAUGAUAAGACAUAUGAUGAGGGGCAGCUUGACAGUUAUCCAAGACAAUAUGGACAUGUUGAUUCUGAGCCACGUGAGGAGGGGGAGGCCGUUGAUGACCAGGAUUUUGGAUAUCAUCAUUCAGAAAAAUCCAUCUCCCAGCAGUAUGAAAGCUGAUGUUGGAUGCUAGCGCUGCAUUUUCAGGUAUUGCUGCUGCUCAGGAACAUGGCAUUAUCAUAAAUUGCUUGUUGCUACUUAUGAAAUCUGCUAUCAGGGAAUAUAAAAGUACCAAGGGACAAAUCUUAUUUUAGUCUUUGCAGGUAUUGUAGUACCAGUUAUAUAACUUCAUUUGUUGCUCUUUGCCCAUUAGAUCUUGUUGAAGAACAAAGGCAUAAGUUUGAAUGUUUUCAUUGUUUAACCUGCUUGGGGAAGUGGUUUUAUCAUAAUGAUAUUUUUCUCUGGUAUUGUUCUUAC